AUGUCUUUGGAGGCCAUCAAGUUCGAUUCGCAGAGGGUGACGUUGGAGAUUUUGAACCAGCUGUUGGUCCCGUACGAUACACAGUAUCUGUCGGUCGGCAGCAUGGCGCCAUGUGACGCGGACACGUCGUUUUCUGGGUACGAGGCCAUCAAAGGCAUGUACACCAGAGGAGCGCCGGCCAUCAUGCUUGUGGGGUGUUUUUCUGUGGUUGUGGAGCUGGACAGGGUGAUCAACAAGAACGACAAUCCAUUUGGAUACAAUAAGGACGAUUUGGCAGAGUUUAAGGCCCAAUUGGAGAAGAGAAUUGACCUUCUUGUUGAAUCCAGACCAACGGCCGUCAACCUGCUCAAUGGCUGCAACGAGAUGAAAAAAAUCAUCCAGGACAAACAGAGUUUGAAAGAGUUGUACUCGGGCCUGUUUGACUUCACCGUCAAGCUGUACAAAGACGAUUUGGAGUCGAACUAUUCCAUAGGAGCGAACGGGGUGAAAUACAUCUACCAGGAGCUGGAGAAAGAAGGAUUUACGGGCGAGUUUUCCGUCAUGACCAUCUGCAACACGGGCUCGCUGGCAACCUCUGGCUACGGAACUGCUCUGGGAAUUAUCCGGGCAUUGCACCAAGAGGCCAGGUCCAACUCGACCAGAAUGAGCCAUGUGUACGCAUGCGAAACUAGACCGUAUAACCAGGGCUCAAGAUUGACCGCGUACGAGCUGCAAUACGAAAAGAUCCCCUUCACGCUCAUCACAGACAAUAUGGUGUCGUUUUUGGUGGACUCGCUGGCACGCCAGAAAACCAACAGAUCGCUGCCAAGCACGGCUCCAAUAAAAUUUAUUAUCGUGGGAGCAGACAGAAUAGUGAAGAAUGGCGACCUUGCCAAUAAAAUUGGCACUUUCCAGCUCUCGCUGAUCGCGUCGCUGUACCCAUCGAUCAAGUUCGUCGGGGCGGCGCCUACAACGACGAUCGACUUCACCAGAAACACUGGAGACGAGAUCGUUAUUGAGCAACGGCCGAAGAGAGAGCUCACGGAAAUUAUGGGAGCAGCAGUCGACAAGGACGGCUCUUUUGUCCAGGGAGAAAACGGUGUUCAGCUACAGAAAGUCAGAAUGGCGCCGGCCGGCAUAGACGUGUGGAACCCAUCUUUUGACGUGACGCCGCACGAAAACAUCGACUGUAUCGUGACGGAGAAAAAAUAUUUCUUGAAAAAAGACGGGGUGUUCAAUCUCGAAUAA